GCGCUCAGUGGCCCGGAAGACAUUGAUCUGCAAGAGCGAAAGAGGCUCAACGAGGGCCUGCGGCGUCGCAUGAACAACGGCAGAGGACUAAAGAAAGGCCUGGUGCAGCAGUGGAACGCUGCCUCCAGUCCCAUGGAGAAGUUUGCCUUUUUGAAGGCAUUCUUGCUGGACAGGGAUAUGGGAAGCAUCCAAGUUGAUGCUUUCUACGAAUCCAAAGACAAAGAGAAGUUCAUCGAGCUCCCUCUAUGCGAGAUUAUCCAGAAAUGGGGAAGCCUACCUGGAGGAGAGCAGUUUGUCAAGGACAUUCAGUCCAGUCAGACUGGCAAGAGACAUCCUCAGACAUCGGACCCGAACUGGAGGAUCUAUCGUGUGUUCAAAGAACUGGAAAUUUCCAGCAUCUUGGCUGCAUGUGCAUCGGUGCAACGGGUGGGGAGCCGGGUUGUGGCUUCGCAGCAGCUCUCCGGCAACAAAGCCGAGAGACAAGCGGUUGCAGAAGUCGUGGAGGGCAGGGUCGGGGGCAUGGGCAAGAUUGGCAAGAGUGCCAUGGAUGGGAAAGAGAAGAAAGAAAAAAAGGAGAAGAAAGAGAAGAAG